AAUGGAAAGAAAAGGGUGACAAAAAGAAAAAAGAGUUGAAAAAUGCCGAAGAGAAAACCAAAAAAUGCGUGGAUUGUCGAAAAAAUUGCCCUCACCACGAGGAGUUAAAAAUUCAGCAUGAGAAUGCUAAGUGUUGUGAUAAGAAAAAGGAGGAAAAGCAAAAAUUACAAGAAAAAAUUAAACAAUUACAAGCCACUAAGCCUAAUUCAAAAACCAUCAAAAAAUUACAGGAGGAAUUUAAAGAGUUGAAUAAACAAUCCUUAAAAAACCGGGUGGAGUGUCCGCAAUUCCAGGCUAUAAAUAAAGCCAUCCGAGAAUGUCCGGAAUGUGCUAAACAAAAAGCCAAAAAAGCGGUCAAGAUUAUUCCGGCUCAUCUCCAAAAAGUAUUUUUAAUUAACAAACAAGCCAAGUCGGAGAUUUAUCUAUUAGCCGAAGAAGCC